AUGGCCGCCCGGAGCGCUCUCCUCGCCGCCGGCGCCGCAGCACUGGUCGCCGUCGCGGCCGUCUUCCUCCUGCCCGACCCCGCUUCCCGCCUCCCAUGGGCGCAGCGGGGAUGCUUCGCCGACCUGAUUCUGGCCAACGCCACCAUCUACACCGCCGACCCCGCCCGCCCCUUCGCCGGCGCCAUAGCCGUUCGCGCCGGCCGCGUGCUCCGCGUCGGCACCUACGACUCCCUCAAGGCGCAUAUAUUUUCUGUCUCCUGCGUUUCGCUCAAAAUUGACUGCAUAGACUGUAAAGUGCAGGAAUUCAAGGGCCGAGACACGUAUGAGCUGAAUCUCAGUGGCAAUGUGGUGCUCCCGGGAUUCAUCGACUCCCAUGUGCACCUAAUCGACGGCGGCCUGCAGUUGGCGAGGGUGCCGCUUCGAGGAGUUAGAAGCAAAGCUGAGUUCAUCAGCAGGGUUAAGGGAGCCGUCAGAGAUAAACAUCCUGGCGAGUGGGUACGCGGAGGAGGUUGGAACAAUGAUUUUUGGGGUGGUGAUCUCCCCACUGCAGCUUGGUUAGACGACAUAUCUCCUGAUAAUCCAGUCUGGCUCUCACGCAUGGAUGGUCACAUGGGAUUAGCCAAUUCACUGGCUAUGAAGAUUGCUGGGAUUGACAAAAACACAAAUGAUCCAGUUGGUGGAACUAUUGUAAGAACAACGGAAAGAGAGCCCACUGGUCUUCUGGUUGAUGCUGCUAUGAAGCUUGUAUUUGAUGUGGUUCGAGAAGACUCUGUAAAUGAAAGACGAGAGGCUCUCCUUAGAGCAAGUAAACACGCUCUAAUGAGAGGGGUGACUACUGUUGUUGAUGUUGGAAGUUAUUUCCCUGGAACCUCAGAAGAGCAAACUUGGCAAGAUUUUUCUGAUGUCUAUGAAUGGGCUCAUUCUAUGGGAAAGAUGAUGAUCAGAGUCUGCUUAUUCUUCCCAAUGCCGACAUGGCCUCGUGUUUCUGAUCUUAUUCAUGAAAGAGGUCGAUCUUUAAGUGGGUGGAUUCAUCUAGGUGGUGUGAAAGCUUUUCUUGAUGGUUCUUUGGGUUCCUCAAGUGCAUGGUUCUAUGAACCUUAUGUGGAUGCUCCGAGCGAUUAUGGUCUCCAAUUGUUAGAUAUGGAUGUUCUGCUCAAUGCAACAUUAGAAUCAGACAAAUCAGGACUUCAGGUUGCCAUACAUGCAAUUGGAGAUAAAGCUAAUGAUAUGCUGCUACAUAUGUUCGACAAGGUUGUUAGUUUGAAUGGAACGAAGGACCGUAGGUUACGGAUUGAGCAUGCACAACAUCUAUCCCCAGGUGCAGCAAAGCGCUUCGGAGAGCAUGGUAUCAUUGCGUCUGUGCAGCCAGAUCAUUUGUUGGAUGAUGCUGACUCUGCUGGGAAGAAGAUCGGGGUAGAACGAGCUGAGCGGAGUUCCUACUUGUUCCGAUCACUACUGGCCGGUGGCGCACAUCUGGCUUUUGGUUCUGAUUGGCCUGUUUCAGAUAUUUACCCUUUGCAAGCUAUUAGAACUGCGAUGUCCCGCAAGCUGCCUGGAUGGGACGAGCCUUGGAUCUCCGCAGAGCGCUUGCCCCUGGAUGAUUCCUUGAAAGCGCACACGAUAUCUGCCGCCUACGCCUGCUUCCUGGACCAUGUUGUGGGUAGCCUCGUCGAAGGGAAGUACGCCGACUUCGUGGUCCUGCCGUCCACCUCGUGGCGUGAGUUCGCCGGCGACAUCCCGGGGCACAUCCUGGCGACGUACGUGAACGGCAAGCAGGCCUAUCCGUAG